AUGAUGCAAACACUAAAACGUUGCAGCACCACCGGAAGCUUAGGAGAAAGCAUAUUAGACUAUGAAGAUAUCCUUACGGAAAUCCUUGUGCGUGUACCAGCUCUUGCACUGGUCCGCUGCAAAUGCGUCUCAAAGCGCUGGCUCUCUUUUCUUUCCAACCCCAAGUUCUGUCAUCUCCACACCCUUAGGAAUCCACGCCCGCCCAUCUCCGGCUUCUUUUCUGAACUAUCCAAAAGGUUCUAUUUUGUCCCUCUUGACAUUGAUCAUGAUCGUCCGACUAGUCCUACCAACUGCCGGAACCAAACUCUAACCGGGUCUGCAAGGUCACAUCUACCCACCUGCAAUCCUCUGAAUUUUGUUCUCCACCCAUGUGGCAUUCAGAUUAUGCAGUCAUGCAAUGGCCUCUUCUUGUGCCGUAUCCAACCUCUGGACGAUACGGCUAAUAGACUUGUUUAUUAUGUUCUCAAUCCCACAACCAACAAGUUCUCCCCUCUUACUCCUCCAGCUGCUGCUGCUGCUGCCUCUACUGGUGAUCCCCGAGUUUUCGGCUACGCUUUGGCUUUUGACCCUUCCAAAUCACCCCAUUACAAAGUAGUCUUCCUUUGGUUUGUCGAAGAACCAGUUGCAGAAGGCAUCUGGUGGCCGUACUAUCACAUUGAGGUAUAUUCUUCUGAGACUCGUAGUUGGAGACUUCUGGAUUCUUCUUUCGAGACUCAAAGUCAAGUCGACUACAGACUUGGCGUAUACUGCAACGGUGCAGUUCAUUGGUUAGGCAUGGAUUGUGAGAUGUCAUACUAUCACAUAGAUGAAGAGCGUGUUGGAUUCGUUGAUGGUUUCCCGAGCUACGGAGCCAAUUUCCAUUCCACCAUGUGUACAUAUGUUAGGGAGUCUCAUGCUGGUGGCCGUUUGCAUCUUAUUGAUAUUAAAUUACAAAGUCCUACUCAAUUUACAGUCUUCGAGAUGGGGAAAGACUACUCUGGCUGGUUUUCCAAGUACAAUGUUGAUCUUGAUCCCUUAUGCACGGCUUACCCGCACAUCCUACAAUAUCGUUGUGCUAUUCUCUCUCUUGCUCCAGACGAAAAUGACGAAGAUGAGGAAAGUUCAUAUCUGUUGAUGCUGCAUACACCUGGUACAGUCAUCUCUUAUAAUCUUAAGAAUAACACCUUCAAAUCCACCGACUUAAUUCCCAAGGUCCCGGUUGAUGAUUCUUAUUGCCGAGUUGGCUAUGAAAAUUAUCGAUAUGUUGAGAGUUUGGCUGUUGUGUAA